AUGUCAGACGAUGACAAUGAGUUAUCGCAUGAGGAAGCUCCUCGCAUGAAGGAGCUUCCAAAGAGGACCAGUGAGGCAGACGAGGGCGACAAGAAGGAUGACGAAGAGUCUCCGUCUGAAAUGGCAGGGAAAGCAAAGGAAUUCCUGGAGGAUCUGAAUGAGAAUAGCGAUGACACCGCUGAAAUGGAUACUCAAAAGAUGCCUGAUAUGAAUGACAAGUCGGACUCUGGAAUCGCAGCAGUCUCUAUCGGAGGACCAGAACCAAAGAUACCGAAACCGCCAGCAUCCAACA